AUGAGCAAAUUACUCACGCCUUCUAUUGAUCAAGGUAACAAAGAGAGCUAGAACAUUAUUGUAGAAGAUCUGGAGCAUUAGCAUUAUGGUUAAACAUAAAAGUAGCCUUCAUGGAAGGAUGGAAAGCAGAUAGAAAGCCUUACAAAUUUAUAAGUAGUGCCUCUCAAAAAAGGUGAUUAGGAGUAGUUUAACAGUGAAGGUUAUAAUAAUGAAGCUACAAGUCUGAAUAAGAUUUGUUCAGAAAAGAGGAUAAGCUAAGAGAAGAUGAUAAACAUAGACAAUACAGGAAUUAAAUAAUAUUAGUCAAAUAAAGGAAGUAUGUCAGAUAGAGGCAUUGAUGCUUGGGGUGAGAAACUAAAAAAAAGGCAGAGCAAGAAUUAUAUGUAUAUGCCUAGGUAAUCCGAUGUGAGCAAAGAUAUCUCAACAUCUAUGGGGGAAGAUCAAACUAUUUUCGCCUUCUCUAAAGGACCAAAUAGAUACAAAAUGACAAAAAGAGAGUCUGUUUUUGAUAAGCCUAAUUAAGAACAUUUGUUCAUGCAAAAGAUGAGAAAAAGGGUUAUGCGUUUUUUCUAAAAUUAUACUAACAAAGGGAAAUUAUAGUUUUACGAAAAAUUGAGCGUUCAUAGAACAAUUAAUGAUAAAUCUGAUUGUUAUUUUGAUAAAAAAUCUUAAUUACCUUUUUCAUGGAUUUUUAAUAAACUGUAAAAGAAAUUAAUUACAAUUUAUUCCCAAAGUUUUAUUAGUAAAAUUCCAGUUAUUAGAUAGCAAACCUAUCUUUCUCUAAUCCUUAACUUUUUAGUGAUUCUCUAUAAUUUCUUGUUUUUCUUACUUCUUUCCAUUAUUCUUGUAUUUCCUGAUGUUAUACCUGGUUCAUAAACUACUCUCUAUAAAAUAACUCUUGGGAUAUGGAUUUUUGAAGUCCUACUCAAAUUGAACACUUCUACACAUAAGGACUCAAAUGUCAUAACAAAUCGAAAGCAAAUAGUAGCAAUUUAUUUUAAAAAAUACAUAAUUUGGGACUCUAUUUCCUUCAUUUUGCUCAUAUUGCUUAUAUUAGGAGCAUACAUCUCUUAAGAUUUAGGCGAUGGUUGGAGUGUUUACAUAUUAUUUUAGAUUAUUUGCUUUGUUAAGCUAUUUAAUUUGCAAAAAGAUUUAGAAGUAUUUUAAUAGCAGCUCUGCACUAUGGUUAGAAGAUAUUAUUUAAUCAAGCUAAUUAAUUUAAUAGUCAAGUUUUUUAUCAUUGGGCAUAUGAUUGCUUUGAUCUGGUAUUUAAUUGGAAAAUUUGAAUAGCGCUAUUUGGGAGAGUCUGUUACUUGGUAAAACUAGGGAAUUUUGUAGGAUCCAUCUUGGUGGAGAUUAUAUUUAAUGGCUAUGAACUGGUCACUUAUGAUGAUGACUACUAGCUAAAGUACAGGUACAACAGUCCUUCAAAUAUUUUUUGCAACAUUUAUUAUGCUCUUUACGACUAUAAUUGCUGGUUAUAUGAUUACUGUGACUGGCUAAAUUCUAUCAGAAAUGGAUGCUAGUGAAGAAAAUAAAAAAACAGAUUUAAAUAUUAUUAACGAUUACAUGAGAAAUAAGAAAAUUUCUUCUAACUUACAACUAAAGGUAAAUGUGUAUUUAGAUUAUUUUUACCAAAAGAAUUACCAGAAGCAACAGGAAGAUACUAAGAAUGUACUAUCUAAAAUAUCUAGUGAAUUAAGAAGCAAUCUUUAAAAGGAAUAUUUUUAUUAAAUACUUUCUAAAAUUGAUUUUCUUAAAUAUAACUACACAGCCUAAUCAUUACAAAAUAUAGCAAUAAAAUGUGAAGAAAUUGCUUAUUUUCCUAAUUAAACAAUUUUUGAAGAAAAUGAUUACAGUAAUGCAGCACUUUUAAUCAUUAUAGAAGGCAGUGUUGAGAUAUAUUCUCAAGUAGCUAAUUCUCACGAAAUAAAGGUGAUCACUUAACUAAAAGAAGGAAAUAUUUUAGGGUAAAUCAACUUCUUUACAGGAAUGGCUCGUUCAGCUAGUGCGAGGUCAGUUGGGUUUACUAAAAUAGCUAGGAUAACGCGUGAUAACUUUAUGGAAGUUGUUAAGGAUAACGAAUAGGAUAUCCAGACUUUCUAUCAAAUGAAGGAUAAUAUUUUGUUGUAUGAAAAUUACAGAGAAAUGAAUAUCAAAUGUUCUGCUUGCCAAAGUUUUGGUCAUUUACAAGGCUCUUGUUCACUUGUUCAUUUUAAUAAGGAAUUUGCAAUACAAAGUGCAAAAGUUUCAAAUCAAAUCUAAUAAAGAAGAGGAGUAAAUCUAAAUUAGAGAAAAGUUAACAAAAAACACAACACUUUAAAAAAACUUUAAGAAACUGUUGAAAAGAAUUUGUAGUUAUUGCAGACUGCAUUAUAAGACUCAAAUUUUUAUACCUAAACUCUAGAAAAUGAAGAAGUUGAAGAGGAUGGUGAUGACUUGAGUUCAUCAUCAGAAGCAAAAUUGCAAAAUUAGAAUUCAUUAAAGAGCUAAUAGCAAUUAAAAAAAAUACCAGAGCAGGAAGACGAAGAAGAGGACAGAAAUUCUAACUAUCAAUUAAUUAAUAAAAAUAAAAAUAAAGAAAAUUAAGAAGAUAAUAAUACAUAACUACCUUUCUCAUCUUCAUCUUAAUCUCAAGCAGAGUAGUAAGAUGGAAAUGUGAACAGGAGAUUGUUGUAAAAUAACCAAAUAUCCUAAUUUAACACCUAAAAUGAAAGACUAGAAUAAAUUCAUAAGCAAUCAGACUUAAUAAAUUUAAACAAAAAAACUGAUAAAACUGAUGAAAAUUAAUAGUAAAUUAAGAUUUAAGCAAACUAAAUAUUACCAGAAGAAGCUAUCAACAAAAAAAAAUAGAUAAAUAAACAUUUUAGUCCAGUUUAUACUUAAAAUGCUUAAAAAUAAACCAGAUUAGAAAUGAAAAUGAAACUAUAAGAAAUCAAGGACAUAUAAGAAUAGGAAAAUUAAUCUAAUUCACCAGACAGAAGUCCAUAAAGUUAAAAUGGAGAAGAAAUGUUAAUGUUUGAUUAAAUAAAAGAAAAUUAUCUACAAACUUAAAAUACUGUCUAUGAUGAGCUAAAUAGUAGCUACAAUAAUAUCCUUAAUAAUAGUUCUACGCACGGAGGUAAGAUAGAUAAGAAUAUCAGGAAAUACUAAUCGAUUAUGGAUACUUUUUAUUGGAGCUUUGAUAAGCAAAAGAAUUAUGACUUUUACUUUAACCAUGGAAAUGCAUUCAUUAAAAUUCAUUAGUACAAAUACUAUCAAAAGAAAAAAGAACUUAAACAAUUUUAAGCUGGUGCUCUUAUAAAAGGCAUGCAGAGUAGAAGAAGUAAGGGUAGUAGAGGAGCAUCGUUUUUGGUCUAAAAGAUUUAGAUGCUUUAAAAUAUAGGUAGCUUAGUAAAUAUUAAGUAAUUAAAAUGA